UAAAAAGGAGCCAGGGAGGGAAUUGGGAGGGUUUUCAAAGUCGGGCAUGGAGGAGAAACUCAAUAAAGUUGCUUUGUGGCUGAAAAAGACGUUUGGGGAUCAACCUAUCCCCCCAUAUGAGGCAGACACCCGAACCGUAGAUAUUUUGUACGAGUUGGCGGUGUGCAACGAGUCCAGGGAUGGGGACGUCAUGCUGUUAAUCGACGACAUGAGGCAGAAGACUGUGGAGUAUGAAUCCGAUGGCAACUAUCUGCAGGGUCUUCUGACUGAAAGUUUAAACUCUUUCUUCGACCUAUCAAAGGCCAGCAGCGGCUAUCUGAACACCCUGACAGACUUAGCCGUAGCCCUCGAAACAAAAGACACAUCCUUGGCAAGUUUCAUUCCUGCCAUCAAUGACUUGACUUCAGAUCUGCAUAAAGCAGAAUCAAGGAACAAAGACCUGGAGCAUGAAUUGACCAACCUGAGGAAAAAACUCACUUCAGCACUGGUACUAGAGAAGCGUCUACAGGAUGACCUUAAAAACACAGAAGACCUCCUGGCGGUGGAAAAAGCCAAAGCUGAUAGCCGAACCCAGAACAUGCAGUUUUUGAAGGACAAAUCUGAAGACUUCAAAUUCCGAAUCAUGGCGGGUGAGGAGCAACUUUCUGUGACUGGGAUGGACCCUUCUUUAACGCACGAGUCUCUAGUGAGUCUCUCAGAGAAACUAGCAGAAUUAAAGAAGCAAGCAGCCCCUCUGAAGAAGAAACUGGAUUCAUAUCUGGACCUUACACCUAGUCCUUCUCUCGCUCGCGUGAAGAUCGAGGAAGCCAAGAGGGAGCUGGAUGCACUCGAGGCAGAGUUUUCUACAAAGAUGGACAUGACGGUGCUUGCAGAGCCUUUGUCUGGCAAACGUCGAUUUACUUAGGGGCACUAAUAUGGAAACGAAAUCGACAGAUGUAUAUACAUUUAUAUCCUUAUAAACGUUUUGAGUGUAUGCUUUUCUUACUUUUCAUUGAUGUUGUCUCUGCUGCAUCUUCCUUUUUCCAAGGACAAUUAUUUUCUUUUCUGAAAAAUGUAGUUUUCUAUACUGUAUACAGUGUUAUAGUAUGUCCCUCUGAAAUAAUAAUAAUAAUAAUAAAGCAAGUUUUCUGGAAAAAA